AUGGCUGCAGGAGAUGAUGGCAUUCCAACUUUUAAGUGUGUGCUGGUCGGCGAUGGUGGAGUGGGUAAAACGACGUUCGUCAAGCGACAUCUUACUGGCGAAUUCGAGAAGAAAUAUGUCGCCACGCUAGGCGUUGAGGUGCAUCCGCUAGUGUUUCACACGAAUCGCGGUCCAUUGAGGUUCAACGUCUGGGAUACUGCAGGCCAGGAGAAAUUCGGUGGUCUGCGCGAUGGCUAUUACAUCCAGGGUCAGUGUGCAAUCAUCAUGUUUGAUGUUACCGCUCGUAUCACAUACAAGAACGUUCCGAAUUGGCAUCGUGAUUUGGUAAGAGUUUGCGAAAACAUACCGAUGGUUCUUUGCGGAAACAAGGUGGAUGUCAAGGAUAGAAAAGUAAAGGCAAAGCUGAUCACUUUUCACCGAAAGAAGAACCUGCAGUAUUACGAUAUAUCAGCGAAAAGCAACUACAACUUCGAGAAGCCGUUUUUGUGGCUGGCUAGAAAAUUGGUCGGAGAUCCUAAUCUAGAAUUCGUCGCUAUGCCUGCACUUGCACCACCCGAAAUACAGAUGGAUCCACAGCUGACUGCAAAACUCGAGCAAGAAAUUACGGUAAUUAAUUUUUUUGUGUUUUAUGGUUACCACUGA